GGCGGCGCGCGAAGUAGCGCAGGCGUGAAGCUGCGCAGGCGCAGGGCCCGCCCCUGGGACCCUCGGGGCCGGGGAGGGUUUCGCCCCUCUGCGUCCCAUAAUCGGGCGCCUGAGAAGGCAGGCGGCAAGGCGCAUUCCGGAACAGAAAGCUUCUCCUACCCAGGGUGAGAUGGCUGAGCCACCUGGAUUGUGAAGGCGAGUCAGGCAUUGAUGAGGAGGAGAAUGAGGAAACAGUCUGCUUCCAGGGGACACAGUGGUAGAGCACCACAGAGCUGGGGGCCACAACCUGUGGCAUGAGGAGAGGGGACAGCAAGAGAAACACCUGAGAAAGUUGUCCUUUCUCUGUCAUCAUUCCUUACUCCCUGGAUCCAAGUUUCUUCACCAUGGGGAUGUGGUCCAUUGGUGCAGGAGCCCUGGGGGCUGCUGCCCUGGCACUGCUCCUGGCCAACACAGAUGUGUUUCUGUCCAAGCCACAGAAAGCAGCACUGGAGUAUCUGGAGGAUAUAGACCUGAAAACAUUAGAGAAGGAACCAAGGACUUUCAAAGCAAAGGAGCUGUGGGAAAAGAAUGGAGCUGUGAUCAUGGCUGUGCGGAGGCCAGGCUGUUUCCUCUGUCGAGAGGAGGCUGCAGACCUGUCCUCCCUGAAACCCAAGUUGGAUGAGCUGGGCGUCCCUCUCUAUGCAGUGGUGAAGGAGCACGUUAGGACUGAAGUGAAGGACUUCCAGCCUUAUUUCAAAGGAGAAAUCUUCCUGGAUGAAAAGAAAAGGUUCUAUGGUCCUCAAAGGCGGAAGAUGAUGUUUAUGGGAUUCAUCCGUCUGGGGGUGUGGUACAACUUCUUCCGAGCCUGGAAUGGAGGCUUCUCUGGAAACCUGGAAGGUGAAGGCUUCAUCCUCGGGGGAGUUUUUGUGGUGGGACCAGGAAAACAGGGCAUUCUUCUCGAGCACCGAGAAAAAGAAUUUGGAGACAAAGUAAACCCACUCUCUGUUUUGGAAGCUGCUAGGAAGAUCAAGCCACAGACUUCGACCUCAGAGAAAAAAUGAGUGUAUGCAGCUGCCCGAGGCAGGAUGACUAGGGGCACCCACCAGGGUUCUCAGAAGCUGUCAGGUUUCCACGCGUCCCUAAGGAGUUAGAAACCCACCUGUGCUGUGUUCUCAGUAUGGAUUGUUAGCAUAUUUUAAUACUGUCUUCUCUUUAUGCCCAGUAAGGAAAAGUAGCCCCAAAACAGGGCUAACAGAAAUCUAAGAAACCUGUAAGGGUUAUUUUAGCUAAAACCUGGAAAAUAUGAGGUUUAAAAUUGCUGCACCUCAUUACAAAUGUAUAUAGUGUUUGGGUGCUGUUAUUUGAAAUGAUUUUUAUUUUUAUGUCUCAAAAAUCUAAGAAAAGUUGAUUGGGAGAUUGGAGGAUAUAAGGUUUUUGACUUCUAUGGUUUCUAUUAAUAAAUUAUUAUAUAAUGUCAAAGUAUAACUCAUAUGUUCCAGAUUAAUUUGAUAAAGAUAAAUAAUAAGGUGAGAUCUCUUGUUUCAUUGUCUUCCAUUCUAACCCCAGAGAUUUGUUUUUCUAGAAGAAAUGAUCAUCUCUAGCUCUAAUCAAAUUAUGCAUCAGAAAUCACCUGUAUAUAAAACUAAUAAUAAAAACAUUUACCAUAAUACUGGC